UAUUCUGCACGUUGCUCCACAGUGGGAAUUUAAACUUCAAAGUUUUGCCGACCAAAAGUAAACUCCUUUCCAGCUUUGCCCUCCUUUCUCUCACUCUAUUUCUUCCUCACAUCAUCAUUCUUUUCCAACCCCAAAGCACAGAAAAGAGAGAGAGACUGGACAGAGAAAAAAGCUCUCAACAAUGGCUGUCCUUCGUUACACCUCUGUGGCCUUCAUUCUCCUCCUCCUGCAAGUCGCUCAAGUCGCAAAGUCACAGUCAUUUAUAGGUGUGAAUUAUGGCCAAGUUGCCGACAACCUUCCACCACCAUCGGCAACAGCUAAACUGUUACAGUCCACCUCAAUUGAGAAGGUCCGAUUGUACGGAGCUGACCCUGCGAUCAUCAAAGCUCUAGCAAACACCAACAUCGGAAUCAUGAUCGGCGUGGCCAACGGUGACAUUCCAGCAAUGGCAUCCGAUCCGAACUUUGCCAAAAACUGGAUCAAUUCGAAUGUAAUUCCAUUCUAUCCGGCCAGCAAAAUCAUUCUCAUCAAUGUCGGCAACGAGGUCAUGAGCUCCGGCGACCAGAAUCUGAUGACCCAGCUAUUGCCAGCGAUGCAAAAUCUCCAAAAUUGCCUCAAUUCAGCUUCGUUAGGUGGUAAAAUUAAGGUCUCGACUGUUCAUUCCAUGGCUGUGUUGAAGCAGUCUGACCCACCGUCUACUGGAAGCUUUGAUCCAAGUGUUGCUGAUCUGCUGAAGGGAUUGUUGGGGUUUAAUAGUGCAACUGGCUCCCCUUUUACGAUCAAUCCGUACCCAUUCUUUGCUUACCUGAGUGAUCCGAGGCCUGAGACUCUGGCGUUUUGCCUGUUUCAACCAAAUUCAGGGCGGGUCGACUCGGGCUCCAAGAUCAAAUACAUGAACAUGUUCGAUGCUCAGCUAGAUGCUAUCCGAUCCGCAUUGAACGCAAUGGCCUUCAAGGAUGUUGAGAUUGUGAUUGCUGAGACUGGCUGGCCAUACAAGGGAGACAGCAAUGAGGUUGGCCCAAGUAUUGAGAAUGCCAAGGCUUAUAAUGGCAAUCUAAUUGCGCACCUUAGGUCAAUGGUGGGAACUCCUUUGAUGCCUGGGAAAUCAGUGGACACAUAUCUCUUUGCAUUGUAUGAUGAGGACUUGAAACCUGGACCAAGUUCCGAGCGAUCGUUUGGGCUUUUCAAGCCUGAUUUAACAAUGACUUAUGAUGUGGGACUUUCAAAGAGCAGCCAGAGUACUCCAUCAACACCCAAAACACCAGUGACUCCAUCACCAAAGCAAAAGAAUGCUCUAUGGUGUGUGCCUAAGGCAGGUGUGUCAGAUGCCCAAUUGCAAACAAAUUUAGAUUAUACUUGCGGACAAGCAGGCAUAGAUUGUAGUCCAGUUCAACCAGGAGGAGCCUGUUUUGAUCCAAACACCGUGGCAUCACAUGCUGCUUAUGCCAUGAAUCUCCUCUACCAAAAGGCUGGCAGGAAUCCCUGGAACUGUGAUUUCUCACAAACAGCCAUGCUGUCAUCCACUAAUCCCAGUUACAAUGGGUGCACUUACCCUGUUGGGGGUACCUGAUAGCAGAGGAGAUCUUUUUCCGUAGAAAAACUUAGCAAUGGCAGCCAGUAUUUCCAUUAAUUGCCCUUAUUUUUAGUAAGUGGAUGAAGUGUAUAAUUCCUGAAAGAGAGACAUCGUCAAGGUGUGGGAUUAUAUGGAGAAGGGAUUUCAGUGAGUCCCCCACUCCUUAAUUUAUGUAGAGAGAUUAUGCUAUUACACUGUUUCUGAUGCCUGUAAUUGUCUAUAUAUCUAUAUAAAGUCGCAAGUGU